AUGGCUUCUACUAUUGUUCUUAUCACUGGUGCCAAUCGAGGUAUUGGUAAGGGCCUUGCUGAGCGCUAUCUGGCCCUACCUAAUCAUAAAGUGAUUGCUGCUAACCGCAACCCGGAGCAUCCCACGUCUAAGGAGCUGACCAACCUACCUAAAGCCCCUGGAAGCAGCCUCAUUAUCGUGAAGGUCGAAGCUACGAGCAACACAGACGCUGCAGAUGCUGUAAAGGAACUCCAGAAGCAGGGAAUCGAUCACUUAGAUAUCGUAAUCGCUAACGCCGCCAUCUCGCUCGGUUUCACUAAAGUUGCCGAUGCAAAGGUUGAGGACAUGUAUCAGACUAUGGAUGUUAAUGUCUUCGGCGUGCUACGACUAUUUCAGGCUACCCUGCCACUACUUCACAAGGCCGCCGCUCCUAAGUUUGUGACUAUUGGGUCCGGUGCUGGAUCUAUAGAGGAAAUGUAUUCAUAUCCGAACGCUGUUUACGGCCCUUCAAAGGCUGCUGUACACUGGAUUACAAAGAGCAUCAAUGAGGAAGAGGAACACAUCAUCGCAUUUGUGAUAGAUCCCGGAUGGACCCAAACCGAUAUGGGAAAUACAGCAGCGAGAUCAGUUGACCUAGACGAAGCCCUUGUCACUAUAAAGGAUUCUUGUGACGGUACCUUCAAGGUGAUUAAUGAGGCUACCAGAGAGUCAGGUGGCAAGUUAUGGACUUAUGAGGGAAAACGAAAAGCUUGGUAA